UGCACCACAAGCUUCAUGGCCUCAUGGGGGCUGCCACCGUCAACCGCCUGGAUAUGCCGGAAAAACAGGUGGCGGCGUUGCAACCACACCCAACUCCGACUCCGAGCCGCUCCCCGUCCGAACCCAGCAGCAAGCCACCAGCCAGCCAGCACCCGCAGCGUGCCCCUCCCCUCCUCUCUCCCCCCGACUCCAACCCAAUCCAAUGGCCCUCCGGAGCACGGGCCGGCCUCACGCGCCCCGCCUUCUCGGCCUUGCCUUGACCUGCUGCCCCCGGCACGACGCGAUGCCCCCCGCAGCCCGCAGCGCACCCCGGAUAGAUGGAUGAUAUUGGUGGGGGGCGGGGAAGGAAAGGAGACGCCCUGCUGACACCACCACGCGGCCCCGGUCUCCCCUCCUCUUCCCCGUCCCCGUCUGGAUCUGGCCUCCUCCUCCCCUGCCCACCCUCCGCCGCCGCCGUGCUCGCGCUCCCGGCCUCCCGUGACCCCGCCGCGAGCGAGGGCGCCGGGUUCCUCGCCGCGCCUCGACUCGCCGGCGCGAUGGACGGCGGCGGGGAGGCGCUGCUCGUGCGGAGGAGCAAGGGCAAGAAGAGGCCGCCGGCGGCGGCGCAUGCGGAGAGGGACUCCGGCGCCGGGGGUCGGUUCCGCUCGCUCAUGCGGGACUACAACGACCUGCUGGAGGAGACUGAAGCAAAGAAGAAGAUGCUAGCGAGCGCAAACCGGACAAAGCUCGCCCUCGCUGCUGAAGUCAAGUUCCUGCAAAGGAAGCACAGAUCCUUUGCCAAGAGUUCGAAUAAGACACAUUACAAGCUGAAGAAGCAGGCUCGGUACGUUCCAUCUCCGUUGGGAAGGGCUUCAGUGUUUGCUGAUCAUGAUGUGACCAGGACUGAAGGGGCUUCUUGCAGCAAAAACCCAAAUUUUGACUUGAAUCAAGGCUCUGCAAUGGUAUGCGAUAAUGAUGAGGGGAAUGAUUACCAGGGGCAUAGGAGCCAUCUGGAACUUGAUAACUUUGAUCAGGUUGGGGUGGAUGAAGAGAUGAUUGCAGCCGAUGUCAAAUUAUCUGUUUGUAGGGAUUCAGGAAAUUCUCCGGCAAGUGAUGAUAAGAGGACAAUCCCUUGGCAAGACCGGUUAGCAUUGAAGGCCUAGUCCUUCCAUAGAUUGGUUAAGAAAUAACAAUUCUCUAUGAUAAUUGAUUACCCUUGCUAUUCCCCCAAAUGCUUAGUAGUCUUUGUACAGGAACAAUCGAUAAGGAUAGUUGUAUGCAUGGUGCCAUGGUGCACUGCCUGAUCUACAAAUUCAGAUGGUUGAUCUUAUGCAAGUUUGACAUGAGAAUUGUGAUGCUAUGAAUGAAUUCUGUCCAGAUUUCAGGUUGACUGCA